AUGGAGCCUAACUUGGUGUUUCCAUUUCCAUUCAUGUUUCUUAUUUCUCUUUGGUUUCUAUUGGCUCUUCAUAGCAAUGCUGAGAGUUCUACAUAUAUAGUCCAUAUGGACAAAUCCCUCUUUCCUCAGGUUUUCACAACACAUGAAGAUUGGUUUGAGUCCACCAUUCAUUCCAUAAAAUCAGCAACAGUUGAUCACCAAUUCAAGCAAUCACAAGCACUAGUGUACACCUAUAAUCAUGCCAUGUAUGGCUUUAGUGCAGUGCUAUCUUCAGAUGAGUUGGAGACUCUAAAGAAUGCUCAUGGCUUUGUUGCAGCAUAUCAAGACAGAACUGCCACCAUUGACACCACUCACACCUUUGAAUUUCUUUCUCUAGAUGCUUCCAGUGGUUUAUGGCAUGCUUCAAAUUUUGGGGAUGAUGUCAUUGUUGGUGUUAUUGACUCUGGUUUGUGGCCUGAGAGUGAAAGCUUUAAAGAUGAUGGCAUGACCAAGAAAAUGCCAAAAAAGUGGACAGGAACAUGUGAGGCUGGGCAAGAAUUUAACACCUCCAUGUGCAACUUCAAGCUGAUUGGAGCUAGAUAUUUCAACAAGGGUGUUGUUGCUGCAAAUCCCAAUGUUGGAAUCAGCAUGAACUCAGCUAGAGACAAUUUGGGACAUGGGACUCACACAUCAUCCACUAUUGCAGGGAACUAUGUUAAUGGAGCCUCUUAUUUUGGCUAUGCUAAAGGGGUAGCCAGAGGCAUUGCACCAAGAGCUAGGCUUGCAAUGUACAAGGUUGUUUGGGAAGAGGGGCGUUUAGCCUCUGAUGUAUUGGCUGGGAUGGACCAAGCUAUUUCUGAUGGGGUUGAUGUGAUUUCCAUCUCUAUGGGUUUUGAUGAUGUUCCACUUUAUGAGGACCCUAUAGCAAUAGCUUCUUUUGCAGCAAUGGAGAAGGGGGUGUUGGUUUCAUCUUCUGCUGGAAACUCAGGUCCAUAUUUUGGUAAAUUGCACAAUGGAAUCCCUUGGGUCCUUACAGUGGCAGCAGGCACCAUAGAUCGUACAUUUGGUAGUUUGGUUCUUGGAAAUGGCCAAAUCAUUAUAGGUUGGACCUUGUUUCCAGCAAAUGCCAUAGUUGAAAAUCUUAUACUUGUCUACAAUAAGACUAUAUCAGCAUGCAACUCAGUGAAGCUGUUAUCUAAAGUGGCCACACAAGGGAUCAUUCUGUGUGACUCAGUGUCACAUUCUGUGUUUAGCCAAAUGGAUUCUGUCACCACAGCCAGUGUGAUAGGAGCAGUGUUUAUCUCUGAUGAUCCUGAAUUAUUUGAAACCACAGAUGUCUACUCUCCAAGUAUUGUAAUCAGCACACAGGAUGCACAAUCUGUGAUCAAGUAUGCAAAAAGCCAUGAGAAUCCCACAGCCAGCAUCAAAUUUCAGCAAACAUUUAUUGGAACAAAGCCAGCACCAGCUGCUGCUAGUUACAGUUCAAGAGGUCCUUCACCUACCUAUCCUGGUGUCUUAAAGCCUGACAUAAUGGCACCUGGUACUAAUGUUCUUGCUGCUUAUGUUCCUAAUUUAGAAGCUGCUACAAUUGGCACAAAUGUGUUCCUAUCCAGUGACUACAAUUUCAUGUCUGGAACAUCCAUGGCUUGUCCUCAUGCUUCUGGUGUUGCUGCUCUUCUGAAGGCUGCACACCCAAAUUGGAGUGCUGCUGCUAUAAGGUCUGCACUUGUAACCACAGCUAGUCCUUUGGAUAAUACCCAAAAUCCAAUUAGGGAUAAUGGAUACCCUUCUCAAUAUGCUUCCCCUCUUGUUAUGGGAGCUGGUGAGAUUGAUCCUAAUAGAGCACUUGAUCCAGGUUUGGUAUAUGAUGCCACCCCACAGGACUAUGUUAAUCUCCUUUGUGCUUUGAAGUACACCAAGAAGCAAAUCUUAACCAUUACAAGAUCAACCUCCUAUAACUGUGCAAACCCUUCCUUUGAUCUUAACUACCCUUCAUUUAUAGCUUUUUACAGAAGCAAAACAAGAUCAUCAGUUCACAAGUUUAGGAGAACUGUGACCAAUGUUGGAGAUGGUGCUGCUACAUAUAGAGCCAAGGUGACACAACCCAAGGGCUCUGUGGUGAGAGUGUUACCUGAGAGGUUAACAUUCAGAUAUAAAAAUGAGAAGCAGGGUUACUAUGUUAUGAUCAAGUAUACCAAUUACAAGAAGGAAAAUAUCACAUUUGGGGACCUUGUUUGGAUGGAAGAUGGUGGAGCACACACUGUUAGGAGCCCCAUUGUAGUGGCACCAAGUGGAAUUGUAUGA